UUGGGAUACCGGUGGUGGAGUAGAUGGAAAAGAGCUACUCACUGAACGCGGUCUCCGCUGGCGUUCCGAAUAGCGAAAGGGUAUAUAUGUACUCGUCUUGACCGUGGAAGGGAAUUAUCAUCAUCACAACCACUCUCAUCACUACUACGAACACCUUCCCACUCCCCAACUCAACACCCCAAUACACAACCAUCUCGACAUCUCACAAUGGCCUCAAUCGAGCAGACAUGGAGCCUUGCUGGCAAGGUCGCCGUUGUUACCGGCUCAGGCCGUGGUAUCGGAAAGGCGAUGGCUAUUGAGCUUGCAAAGCGUGGCGCAAAGGUUGCCGUCAACUACGCUAACGCCGUCGAGGGUGCUGAGGCAGUCGUCAAGGAGAUCAAGGCCCUCGGCAAUGGUUCAGACGCCGCUGCCUUCAAGGCCAACGUUGGCAACGUCGAGGAGUCUGAGAAGCUGAUGGACGACGUUGUUGCCCACUUCGGCAAGCUCGACAUCUGCUGCUCCAACUCAGGUGUUGUCUCUUUCGGUCACUUCAAGGACGUCACACCCGAGGAGUUCGACCGUGUCUUCACCAUCAACACCCGUGGCCAGUUCUUCGUCGCUAAGGCGGCUUACAAGAGGAUGGAGAUGGGUGGUCGCAUCAUCCUUAUGGGAUCCAUUACUGGUCAGGCCAAGGGCGUACCUAAGCACGCUGUCUACUCUGGCUCAAAGGGUGCCAUUGAGACAUUCACCAGGUGCAUGGCUAUCGACGCCGGCGAGAAGAGAAUCACCGUUAACUGUGUUGCACCCGGUGGCAUCAAGACCGACAUGUACCACGCCGUCUGCCGCGAGUACAUUCCCGAUGGUGACAAGCUCAGCGACGACCAAGUCGACGAAUACGCCUGCACAUGGUCCCCUCACAACCGUGUUGGUCAGCCAGUAGACAUCGCCCGCGUCGUCUGCUUCCUUGCUUCCCAAGACGGUGACUGGGUUAACGGAAAGGUCAUUGGCAUUGACGGCGCUGCUUGCAUGUAAGCGUGUUGUCUUUGAUAGAGCAUGUUUUCUUUGGAUAUUUUCCGCAGUCACGAGCUAGCAUGUAUCGGCGUUCUUCGUGAAAGAAGAAAAUAAUGAAAUAUUCGAACCACCUCAUUUUCGCUUGACGCUUUCAUUCUUACUGUAAUGCAAGACCUGGCAAAGCAAUUCUCUCUCCGCACACCACUGCAAAGUGGUGGUGG